CAGGAGCAUGAUUCUCGGAAACAACGCCCCGAUAAGAAAGUUCUCCAUCCAUCCACCAGGAACACUCAAACUAACCCUAGUGAUGUGUCUGACAACAUGGUGAAACACUCGAGUCUGCUGGAGUCUCGACCAAAGCCAGCUCCACGGAGUUAUUCAGUAAAAGACGCUUGUAGUAGCAAAAGUUACUCCGGUUUCUCUGAGAAACAGGAUUCAGUGAGACGCACGGAUACAAACACGAGUCUGCUGAAGUCCACAUCACACACAUCCGCUCACACUCUACUGACCAGAGACAACCAAGAAGACCUGAUUAGAAGCAGUAAUAAUCCAAGUAAUACAAAUAACGUCAAUACUUUCUCUGAGACAAAUUUCAGUCUGCGCUAUACGUACUCGGCUGCUUGUAAUCAUUCGGAAACAAAGUUGAAACAAACGUCUCCGAAUGCUACCAUUAGGACGAGUUGUCCAAAUAAGCUCUCUUCUGAGACCAGGACCGUAGACGGAGAUCUGAGUCUGUGCUGUACACAGCCUGGUCCUAGUAAUCCUACAAAUCAUCCCUGUAAUCUCCUUCCUGAGAAUCCUGCCAAAAACCUUAUUGUGCUGAAGCCUCUAUCAAACCCACACACCCAACCAAACACACCUAAACAGCUCAGUGUGCCCCGGAAUUCAGGAGUUACCCCGACACCAUCCAGACCUCCUCAACGAGGAGACCAAACAACACCACAUUCAGUAUCACGGAGCAGUGCUGUAGGGAAAAAGUCGAGGUCAUCUGUCCACAGACCUCAGGAGAACCUGGACCCCGUGUCUUCCUUCAUGAUGCUGAGAGGCAUCCUGAGACUUCCGCUGGAGCAAAGACCUGACGCCACGCCACCACGCACCACAGUGGCAGAGCCUUCUCUGAAGUCAGACUUGAUGGUGCUACAGCAGGCCAGAGAGAAAAGGAAGAGCCCUGAGUCGAGUCGUCCUGUUCCAGAAAGAUCCGUCUGUAAAACUGUAACUCCCACAGACACAGAGAGAGGUGCGUACUGCGAGCUGCAUGCGCUGGCCUGUCCUGUCCUCUGUAGGGCGGGGCUCGAGUCGGGCGCUUUGAGAAACACGGACUUCAGCAGCCUGACUCCUGAACACACACGGUUCUGUCUCAGACAGCAGGAGAAGCUGCUCAGUACAGGGCAGGGUCAGACACACACCAACACCGGCACUGAACAAACAUCACACACUCCACAGACACACUGUACAUCAGAGUAGUGAUACCAAAGCUCUAGGAGUUCUAGUAAUGUGUGUUGAGAGAGAGAGUGUGUGUGUGUGUGUGUGUGUGUGUGUGUGUGUUAGGUAGGGAACGUGAGUAUAAUGAUGUGGCCCUGCUUCAUAUCCUGGUCACAGUAAAGGACCUGCUUCUCAGAUGUGACCUCAACACUGCAACAGGUCACUUGGAGAAGGCACACUCCACCUGUGCGAUAGACGGUCUAGGACAGCUGCUGAGGAAGUUUCAGGUGCUGCAGUAUCUAAGUAGGAAGUGGGCAGAGCCUCAGCUCAGAGUGCAGCACCUGCAGGAGCAGAUCAGUUCAGAUCCAGACCCGUUCUGCUCUCCUCUGCACCGUGUUCCUUUCGUGCUGUUCAUCACAGAGGGUUUACUGAAGCACUGUGUCCUGCUGCAGCUGCUCGAGUCCACGUAUAACAUGACUCUCCUGGAGAGGAGCCACUCCCCGUCUCUACAGCGGCUGGGACCGACACACCUGUAUGACAUCAUCACCAUUGACGAGAACACGGCCAUUCUGCUGCAGGAGCUGGGGGAGCUGGAGCAGGAGCGAGCAGCUGAGCGUGUGGUUCUGAGACUCUCGGCUCUGUCACUGCAAUUUAACCGCUGCUGGGUCCUACUGCACUACAGCCCUCUUGUGUGUGGUGAAGUGUUCAGUAACCUGGCAUUAGUUUACUCUGCCUUGGUGCUGUUUGCCCAGAAGUCUGAAGGUCUGGAUGUUAAGGUGUUGCUGGCAUAUGACGGAGCCACCGUAGCACGGUAUGUGCAUCAAGUCUGCCUACACACACUGCUCAACUCUCAGAGAGAUGUGUGUAGCUGGCUGGACCGAGAGUGGUUCAGUGUGCUGCCUACUGAGGAGGAGCAGUGUUUGCUGUAUUUCCCGUGUGUGAACUGUGUUGUAGCUCAGCUUCUGCUGAGUCGAGCUCCGUCGCUACGGUGGCUGCUGGAAGCUUCACACAUUCAGCUGGAGGAGAUGUUUCCUGAGAUCACACCUUCUGUCUUUAAGCUCUUCAGUGAGUGUACAGCUGCACACAGGCUCCACGCUGCAGCCCCACAGUGUGAGGACGAAGUCGCACACAUCCAUCACUGGGGUCUGGAUAAGGACGAGGCUCUCUCACACACACACCCCCACUCAGACCCUCGGACCCUCAUACACUCCUCCAUAGUGUCACACAGCCCUGGCUUCCUCCAGGAGCAUGGAACUCUGGGUAGUGGCUGGUGUGGGGCGGAGUCGGAGUGUUUGACGAGCACACACUCACAGAAUUUGGUUGAAGAACAAGAACAGACGUGGGUAGCAGGAGAUUUCAGUGGUGAGGAAGCAGAUGAGCAGUGGAGUCUGGAAGCAUCAUCUCUGAUCUCCAGUCUCUCUUUCACACACUCGCACACCGUUCCCUGCACACCGUGCACCCAGAACCCGUGUCCUCACCAAACUCAUCCCCUCCCACCCCACCUGUCCCAUCAGCAGUGGGGAGGCAGCAGCGCUGUGUCCAAGAGAUCGGACACUGAGAGGAAAAGACCAGCAGGGGGCGCCAUACACACAGCAUUUCCGCAGUGUAAGAGAGUGCGACUUCUGUAUGAGAGAGUCCCGGGAAGAAGUGAUGGACAGACCCGACUCAGGUUUUUCUAAACAUAUGCUGUCGUGCUCUCACUCUCUCUCUCUCACACACACACACACACACACACACACACACACACACACACACACACAGUGUACACUUAUUCAUGUGCUCACAGACAAUAAAUGUGUUUUGUUCAUUACACUACCUUUCGGUAAGUGUGUGUGUGUUUGAUGUCUGACCUGUUUGUGAUUAGGUCACAGAGUCUUGCGUUCGUUAUCAUUAAGGGUAAAAUUGAUUUGACACA